AGGUUGUAGACGGUUGUUACGCAACGAAAGGUUUUUUUUUCUAGACCAGACAUCAGUACAAACAAAACACGCACGGGCCCCGGACAAGACCGCUGCGACAGCAAUAAACCCCUCAGCUUUUACAACCGCCUGAUACCGGUAAUUAAAAAAAGGACCUUUGUUACAGGCGCCCGUGCGCGCUAUCGCGUGAGCCGGCGCUGUCACGUGUGAGACAGGUCAGCCAUCUUAAAGAGACGCUUCCAUCAUCCCCUUGAACUCGCCCUAUCUGCAGCGGGAGGAGAGGGCGCUUGAAGAUGCACCCAGCGGCGCCAAGGUCGUGCAAACAGACGCGCAGGAGUCGAUCGCGCGACGGCAGGAACGCCGUCGACGAUCGUAAAUCUUAUCUCGCGAAGUUUGCGCGCCGUCUGGCGAGACGCGACGGCGUCGGCGCGGGAGGGUAUAAGGAGAGCGCCCGGAGUUGCGACCGCCGACCAGAACAGACCGAGCACCGCAGGCUGGCCCGGCAGGCAGGACGCGCCGACGAGAAGAACGGAAUGGAGUCCGUCGCGAAGGAUGCAGUCGAGCAGCAGGGCGGGAAGACUUCGGGACGUCGGCUGCGACAGUACCUGGCCGCCUCGGCAGUGAACUUGGCGGCGUUCGCGAACGGCGCGGUGGUGGGCUGGCCGUCCCCGGCGCUGGCGGCGCUGCAGUCGGACGCGAGCCCGGUGGGGGUCGCGCCCAUGACGGACGACGCCGCCUCCUGGCUGGGCUCACUCAUGUGCCUGGGCUCGCUGGUCGCCGCGCCCGCCUACGGCCGGCUAUGCAGCCGCCACAGCCGCAAGACCACCGGCUACCUCGUCGCCCUGCAGGGCGUCGUCGGCUGGGCGCUCGUCGCCACGGCCACGUCGGAGGCCACGCUGUUCUUCGGCAGGUUCAUGCUGGGAGUGGCCGGCGCGGGGGCGACCAUGCUGUGCCCACAGUACGUGGCCGAGACGGCGGAGCCCGAGGUGCGCGGGACGCUGUGCUCGUUCCUCGCGCUCUUCGGCAACUGCGGCGUGCUGUUCGCCUACGCCCUCGGCUCCGUCCUUCCCUACCAGCAGUUCUGCCUCUGCUGCCUCGCCACGUUCGUUGCGUUCGCCCUGGCCUUCGCGCCGCUGCCCGAGUCGCCCGUGUACCUCGCCGCCGCCGGCCGCCACGUGGAGGCGCUGCGGGCGCUCGAGUGGCUGCGAGUCUCCGGAGGCCUGCCGGCGCCCGAUGUGACCCCGCGGGCCGCCUCGAGCCUCAAAGACGUCCUCUCCCGGCGGGGCACGCGCAGGGCGCUGCUCGUGGGCGUCGGCCUCAUGGUCAACAACCAGCUGUCCGGCAUCCUGGCCGUCGUCAGCUACGCCGGCGCCAUCUUCCGCGAGUCGGGCGGCGAGCUGUCGCCCCAACUGUCCACCGUCCUCGUGGGCGCGCUCCAGCUGUUCGGCGUCUACCUCACGUCCUACCUGGUGGACCGCGCCGGCAGGAAGGCGCUCCUGAUGGCCUCGAACGCGGUCGCGGCCGCCAGCCUGCUGCUCCUGGGGCUCUACUUCAACCUGAGGGCCCGGGGCGUCGACGUGAGCGGCUUCGGCUGGGCGCCCGUCGCCUGCCUCUGCGCCUACGUGGUGGGCGUGGCCCUGGGCGUCGGCUCCGUCCCCUUCGUCGUGAUCAGCGAGAUAUUCCCACCCGAGGCCAAGGGCUUCGCCACCGCCGUCUGCAUCUGCGUCCUCAACGGCCUGGCCUUCCUCGUGGCCCGGUUCUUCCUCCCCUUGGCGCGGGCGCUGGGGAUGGACGGCUGCUACUGGCUGUGCGCGUCGUGCUGCGUCGCGUCGGUCUUCUUCUGCCACUUCGUGGUUCCCGAGACCAAGAACCGCAGUCUGGAAAAAAUCAUCGAAGAACUAAAUGGACACAAUGGAUCCAAGGAUGCUAAAGAAAACCUUGCAGGUGUCUGAUUUAAUUACAAAUAAAAUAACUACCUGCUGUAUUUCAUGAAAACAUAACUUUUACAAACUUAUGACUUUGUGCACAAAUUUUUUUUGUUAAGUUAGGUAAUUAAUAAAAUUAUUUUUUACUCGGAUUUUUGCCUGUGUGUUCGGAAUAUAUUUGGAAAUUGUGGAGCACAGUCAAUUAAGUAAUAAUAUUUAACUAAAUUGAAAUUUUUUUUGUUAGUAAAAAAAUGUGUAUGAAUCAAUUUUAAAAAUUUGAAGUCACUGAUGUACCUGAAAGUUUGAUGUGAUUUGUAACAUUUUUUUAAAUAUAAAUAUUUGUUUUGAAAA